AUGCCACCCAAAACUAGCGGUAAGGCUGCCAAAAAAGCGGGCAAGGCGCAGAAGAAUAUCUCAAAAUCUGACAAGAAAAAGAAGUGCAGGAGGAAGGAAAGUUACGCAAUUUACACCUACAAAGUACUGAAGCAGGUACAUCCCGAUACGGGUAUAUCCAGCAAAGCGAUGAGCAUCAUGAACAGCUUCGUCAACGAUAUUUUUGAACGUAUCGCUGCGGAAGCAUCCAGAUUGGCACAUUACAACAAACAUACCACUCGACUUGUCAUACAGCAGUAUUUUAUAUAA